UUCUAUAGCUGCACGUACCUAAGCGUAGCAGUUUCCAUCUUGCUGCCAGAGUAUCAAAGCGGUCCAAGCAUAACCGGAUUCGACGUGGUCAGCUUCUUGUGUGGUGUCUGCAACUGUUGUUGAAGCUUAUCGCGGCUGUUGUGAUGUAGUCUGUAACUACUUUAAAACGCGUGUGGAGAGUCCGUGCGACUGAAAACAUGAGUGAUAUGCCCUGCAUAACGUACAUGACUCUGUAUAUUCUUUCCCUGCACGUCAUUCAGAGUAAUUCAAGGGCUUCUACAGGAUGGAGGUUAGAUCCGGAGGAGGGAAAAAUUGUACAGACCACCAUAUAUCCCAACGCUUUUGGGCCUCAAAGUACCGAGGAUCUAAUUUUUGACAUCAUAUCGUCCACUGUUCAUGUUGGGAACACCUGGACCAAAACGGUUGCAGGCAACCUGUGCAAAGAGUGUCAGUCAACAAACACUUCUGUGUCAGGAACAACAAACGCAGUUAACACAACAAGCGACAUUUCAAAUGCCACCAGUCGCUCUCUUCCUGUGCCGAGCAAGAAUUCCCGCCACUGUAAUGGAUCCGCUUCCAAUAAUGUUAAAGCGAAAUUGACAGCCCCAGAUGGAACAGUUUUGAAGAGCAAAGAACCUAAACCUGGGGACUUGGAGGAGUUGGACUGUGGAAAACCUGUUAAUUUUACAUACUAUGACAACCUUUUGGGCGUUUCAAACCGACAGUCUCAUCCUCAUGUACCUGAGGUACAAAUGGAAUUAAUAUUUAAAAAGAAAAUGGUCAAAGAACAAGAUGUUGAAAAUAUGGAAAGAAAGUUGAGAAAAGCAAAACGAGAUAAACCCAAAUCAGUGAAGCUCUACAACCAAAUAGGGAACUUCUGGCGUAUAAAAGGAGACACUCAAAAAUCCAUCGAAUGCUUUAGAAGGGCAUUAGCUGUCUCACCUGACAAUGCAGAGGUGCUGCUUAAUUUGGCUAGAGUCAUGUUGAAUCUCCAGUACUGGGAUGAUGCCCUGAAGUUAACUGUCUGGUCUUUGGACAAGACCGACAAAAACGCAUGGCAACAACACUUUACUUUAGGAGAAAUUUUCAAGGCCAUCGGUCAGUACCGAAAUGCAUCAGCACAUUUGAGACAUGCUGUGGAGCUCAAACCUGACUUUGAGCCAGCUGUUGAGUUACUUCGCAGUAUUGAAGAAGCUAAAAAUGUGCACCUAUACACAUUGUUUAUAGUUUGUAUUCUGGCAUUGGCUGUCAUUCUAGUCAUUCUCUUAGGGUGUCUCCUUGAUGAUGAUGAGGAUGAUGUUGUGGGUCCCAAAGUUCAGCGCCAUUACAAUAAACCACUUGGUGUGCGAUCCCUGAAACUAGGGAUAUCCUCACGGGGUUUUCGUAAUAAGGGGUCAGGCAGGAAUGGAGGCCACAGCUAAAGGCAUUCAGUCCAAACAUCCUCUUUCCUUUUGUUAAGUAUUUAACUGAAUAUUGUUUGUAGCAGCCUGUAUUUAAUUUGGUUCUACCAAGCAACUUUCUUAAGACUGGGAUUCUUUGCAAGAUAAAUACUUUUGUUGUGAUUUCUUUGUGUUCAAGUUUGAUUUUAGUCUCACCUUGUGAUAAAGUUAAUGUACAAUUGAAGUAAGAGUAAUAUUGUAUUAGUAUAGUUUUAAACUGAGAGCCCUCAGUACAAAGUUAUUAUGUUCUUGUCAUGCGUAAAUUAUUGGGUUCAACUGGCUGAUUUCUGUCACUUGUCCAAUUUCCAGUGUGCAUGUUAGUCUGUGUACAAGUUCCUUUAAGUUGUUGUGUUUUCCUUUCCCUUUUUUUGUUGUUUAAUUUGGUAUGUAUGGCAACUUAUUAUCAUGAGACAUGCUUUCAACACAGAGUGAAAAUCUUUCUCUAUGAAUUUGUGAGUAUAAUAGUACUUUUUAUUUACAAUACAACCUUCUUCAUUUCAUAUGAAUGUCCUUGAUUGUUACGAAUUGAGAACUUUUCAAAAGACCUGACUUUCAGCUCGGGUAGCAGAACUUAUUUGCUGCCAAGAGAGAAAACAGUGAUGAAAAAUUUUGUUUUGUUUUAUAUAAUUUAAUUUUAACAAAGUCUUUUGAUCAAUACCUCAAGGAACUAUUAUUUAGCUGCGCUUGUUUGGACACAUCUUAUUUUACCCUGUGUUUAUUGCGACAAAGUCUCUCGUUUUUGGUCUUCUGCCACAUUUGAUUUUAUUUCCUCUUUCUGUUUUCUGAGUUAUCUCACUCAAGGUUACUGUUGACUUAUUUCUGUGUGGAGUCUUGCAAAUACUUCAGAUUGUAGUUGUAAGGGCAACUCUUUUCAGGAGUUACAAGAAUUUUAAUGUCCUCUUCUCCAUUAUUGAAUUUUAUCUCAAUUUUGACACUUCCAAAACCCUAUUUCAAACCUUGAAUUGUUUGGCAAGAGUUUGGUGGACUUCCAGAGUGUUGGAUGUGUGGAUGUAAAGCACUGAAUCAAUUGAUUGUCUCCAUGUCUCCAUUAAUAUUUGAAAUUUUCAAGGUUUGACUUUGCUGGGGCUUCAAUACAUUAGAUGUUUUUGGAGAGAUGUAGCCUCUUUCUAGUAAUAGACUCCUUGCAAUCUCAAUAGAGUAUUGUGUUUGCUCCACUUUUAGGAAUGUAGGAUAUUUGUAUUAUGAGUGAGAAGACCGAUCUAAUGUGUUAGAGAUAUUGUUUGUCAACUGGAGCACAAGCUACACUGCUAUCAAGUAUUAAACCUGUACAUAAUCAAGUUAUCUGUUAAAGAGUAGAAAUUGUCAGAUAGUUGUACAAGACCGUAUGUUGUGAAAUCUAUUGCACAUUUUGCUUUACUGUAUGUUCAAAUACAAGGAGCAAUGAUUAUUCAUAGCAUUCCAAAGAGUGUGUCCUCAAUUUUUGAGACAAUCUAGGGUGUCAAACUUGUGCAUUUUCUAAAAUGCAAUCUGGGCUAUCGAGUUUUAUGUUGUUAUAUCUUGUCCAGCCUUAGCAAUUUGUAUGAGUGCUGCUUUGGCCAAGUCAAGUGUGCAUGUAACAUGUAACUGUAGUGACAUAUUUGUGCUAAAAAUGCCUUCCUUGGCAUAUUUGUCCAAUCUAAUAAAGUUGCACCAAUGUGCUGCUAACUGUCA